GGUAAAUGUUGUUUUCAUAAACAGUGUAAAAAAGUGUUGUUUUGUAAAAUUUCACAAUUAUUAAUUUAUUUGUGUAUUAAAAUUUCAUUAUGUCGCGCUUUAGUGGAGCUCUACAAUUAACAGAUCUUGAUGAUUUUAUAACACCCUCCCAAGAAUGUAUAAAACCAGUCACUAUCGAAAAAUCCAAAACAAAGACGGGGGCUAAAAUAUCAAUCCAGGAAGACGGUUAUUAUGAAGAAACUGCAGAAGGCAAACAGAAAUUGCAAAAAGUAGAAAUUACUUUGCAAGAUUGUUUGGCCUGUUCAGGUUGUAUAACCUCGGCGGAAGGAGUUUUGAUAACUCAACAAAGUCAGGAAGAAGUUUUAAAAGUUUUACAAGAAAAUAAAGAGCUGAAGGCAGAUGAAUCAAAGGCUGAACAAGUGCGCAAAAUAGUUGUCACGGUUUCGCAACAACCCAUACUGAGUCUGGCACAACGUUAUGGCUUGACUGUCGAAAAGGCUGCCGAACAUUUAUGUGGUUAUCUGAGACAAUUGGGAGUUGACUAUGUUUUAACUACCAAAGUAGCCGAUGAUUUGGCUUUACUGGAAUGCCGCAAUGAAUUUAUUGAACGUUUUCGUGACAAUGACCCCAGCAAGCCAUUUCCUAUGCUGUCUUCCUCAUGUCCCGGUUGGGUUUGUUAUGCAGAAAAAACUCAUGGCAGUUUUAUAUUACCCUAUAUUGCCACAACUCGAUCACCACAACAAAUUAUGGGUGUAUUGGUUAAACAGAUGUUGGCUCAAAAGCUGAAUAUAUCAUCGGAGAAAAUUUAUCACGUUACCAUUAUGCCUUGCUAUGAUAAGAAAUUGGAAGCUUCAAGAGAAGAUUUUUAUGACGAAGCUAUGAAUAGUAAAGAUGUGGACUGUGUAAUAACUUCAAUUGAAAUUGAACAAAUGUUGAAUGAAGACACACUGCAAACAUUUCCUAAUUCUAAUUUUGACUGGCCAUGGGCAGAAGCAAAUGAAAUGGAAAACACAAAUGUGUGGGCUCAUGAAAAUAGUACUUCCGGUGGUUACUCCGAACACAUUUUUAAAUAUGCGGCCAAAGAAUUAUUUGAUCAGGAUUUAUUAACAGUAGAAUAUAAAAAUUUACGCAAUCCCGAUUUUCGUGAAGUCUCUUUGGAAAUUGAGGGUAAAUGUGUGCUAAAGUUUGCAAUAGCUAAUGGUUUUCGUAAUAUACAAAACUUAGUGCAAAAACUUAAACGUGGCAAGGUCCAAUAUCAUUUCGUAGAAGUUAUGGCUUGCCCUUCUGGUUGUAUAAAUGGGGGAGCACAAAUUCGUCCACCCAAUGGACAACAUAUUAGAGACUUAACGAUACAGUUGGAGCAACUUUAUCGUCAAUUGCCGCAAUCAAAUCCUAAUAAUUCAUGUGUAAAAGCAAUAUACAAUAACUUUUUUGAUGGCCAACAUACCGAUAAAGCAAAGAUGUUGUUGCAUACAAAUUAUCAUGCUGUUGAAAAAAUGAAUACUGCUUUAAAUAUUAAAUGGUGAAAUAAAUUGUUUGUAGUUUUUCGGUAAUUGCUGUAUAUUAUAAAUGCUUAAUCAUAUAAAUGUUAUAAAAUCAA